CUGCAAAGAUUCCCGUCGUCUGGUACCUGCAUUAGUCACUCCUGCGCCACACCGCCACAGCCCAACCGUCACCACGCGCCAUAUCGCUCACUUUCGUCGCGGCACGCGCAAACGCUUGAUGGAGUCCAUUCCAAAUCUCAACACCUUUCGAAGUGGACGCGGUGGACCGAGACGAAGGCGGGCUGGUCUCGGCGGCAGCAGCGAUGGACAUGGCCUGGACCCUCACCAACUUGUCGACCAUGCGGAACCCGCACGAGACAGAAUUGUGCGCGAGACGGACAACGAUGCCGGCAGCAGUCGAAUGAGUGCUGUGGCUCUUGGCUACCUCCACGACGAGUAUGCUGGAAUCUUCUUCCCCGGUCAAGAUCCUAUCAAGCGAUACCCCAUCAUUAAUCGAGGAACGUACGUUCGCACCACGGCGGUGGACGAGCUUGUGGUUCGAUUCAUCACGACACGACCGGCUGAGAGGAAGCAAAUCAUCUCCUUGGGCGCCGGCUCCGACACACGCUUCUUUCGACUCUACGAUCGUCUGAAAUCAACUCAACCCGGUGGGAUCGUAUAUCACGAGCUUGACUUGGAAGCCAAUGUGGAUCGGAAACGGACAGCCCUACGGAGCUCCAUGGCACUCUCUCAAAAGGUCCACGAUGCCGAAAGUGAUGGUUGGAGAUACCAUCUGAACGCCCUUGACCUUCGCGACUUGACAAAGAAAUCACCUUCUCCCAUUCCAGGGAUGGAAACCCAAUGUCCAACGCUCUUGCUGAGCGAGUGCUGCUUAUGUUACCUGUCCCCCGAAGAUGCCGGCAGUGUCAUACAGUACUUCACGAUGCAUGUCGCCGCACCGUUGGCUCUGGUCCUCUACGAACCAAUACGUCCGUUCGAUGCUUUUGGAAAGACCAUGGUGUCGAAUCUGGCAUCUCGUGCCAUUCAUCUCCAAACACUCAAGCGAUAUUCGUCGUUGGAUGCUCAAAGACAACGCCUUCGAAUCGCUGGCUUUACCGGCGGGCAGAAUGCGCGCGAUGUACGUCAGCUGUGGGAGACGGAUGCGUGGGUUGCCCAGAGCGAGCGUGAGCGGGUGGAGGGUCUGGAGUGGCUUGACGAAGUGGAAGAGUGGAAUCUGCUGGCAAGCCACUAUUGUGUUGCAUGGGGCUGGAAAGGUGACGUCUUUGGUGAAGCAUGGCAGGGCUUGGAAGGCUUUCGGACAGCCUCUGAGGACAGAGAUGCGGAAAAUGGGUAGCAUCGACACCUGGAUCACCACCGAUCAACACGGGACUCACUGCACAAUGCUUGAGAUGAAGGGUUGUCUAUAUCAACCCGAUUCGUCUACGUUGCGGCGGGUAUACGUCAGGCUGCGCUGAGCGACAUCGUUGCGCCACCGAUCACCUGAGGUUUCCAACAUCUCGCUAUCGACAAAAAUCCGACCUCAGCAAGCUAGAACUGGACGAAGGUCAGGCGCAAGAUCAACGUGUGCCAAGUAGAAUAUCUUGGUCGGCUUCUUGGUUCGCAGUUGCAGGUAACGUGGUCUCGAGGCAAAAAUAACUUUGGCGCUUUGCCGCGCCUGCCGCGCCGGCUUGCGCGUUCCACCCUCUCCACAGCCACAAUACGUCGACGUCUCACUCGACUGAUCCGGGUUCGCUUCUUCUACCA